CUCUCUCUUUUGUCAUUGCUCAUCUCAUCACUUACUUCAAGCUCAGAUCACGGCCAGACGGACACUCCAUCACAUCCCCCACACUGGAUACUGGCCAGAGAGCCGCUUCGUCCCAUCACCGCAUCGCCUGAUCGCCCCCCAUCUCGCCAUGUCGUCAAACUGGCCGCCCCACUUAAAAGCAUGGGUUCAGGAGAGCCUGGCAAAAGCGACUUCUACUAACAAGGACGCGGUCAACGCUGAAUUGAAACAACUCUUGUUCCAAGCCCACAAGCAAGGCACUGUUCAGACGACAGACUGGUCAAAAGUCGAGUUGCAGACAUUGAAGGCUCAGGCCAACAGAACGCACGUCACGGUCCCGCCUCCACCCUCCCACCAGCCGCCUCCCCCACCUCCCGGCUACUCGAGCUACGGCAGCAUGUCGUACGGCGCGGCAGCUACCUCGACUAGCCCGACAAAGGAGAAGGGUAACAAGAAGAACAAGAAGAGGAAGAACGGCGAGAACGCCCCCGCCUUCCCCAGCGCCUACGUCUUCGAGUCUGCCGAGGAGGCCGAGGCAAAGGCAAGACGCGCCGCGAGAUUCAACACUGGGUCCGAGAGCCACAAGCCUUCACCGACACCGUCCAACGCCAGUGGCCUGUCCGCCUGGUUCAACCCCGACGAGGACACGAACGGUAGCGGUGGAUUGCAGAGCAGAAUAUUCGGCGCUGGCCGGAAGAAGCUCAAGGGCAAGGCUGGGCUUGGCUACUCGGACGCGACUGUCGUGAUGGAGGUUGAUCCUAACGUCAUUGACUGGGACCACCACACCAUCAAGGGAACCUCGACAAAGCUCGAGAAGUCGUACCUCCGCCUGACAUCCGAGCCUUCACCAGCUGAUAUCCGACCGCUCCCAGUGCUGCAGCAGACAUUGCAGCUCCUCAAACAAAAGUGGAAGCAGAACCAUGACUACACCUACGCCAACAGCCAGUUCAAGAGUGUGCGCCAAGAUUUGACUGUCCAACGCAUCAAGAAUGAGUUUACGGUGGAAGUGUACGAGAUUCACGCGCGCAUUGCGCUGGAAGCGAAAGACCUUGGCGAGUAUAAUCAGUGUCAGUCCAUGUUGCGCCAGCUGUACGAGCUGGGCAUCAAGGGCCACCCAGAAGAAUUCCUCUCAUAUCGCAUUCUAUACCUCUUGCACACCCGCAACCGAAGUGACAUGGCGUCGCUCCUCGGUCAAAUCACAGAUAAGGAGAAGGCCGACCCAGGGGUACACCACGCGCUUCAAGUUCACGCGGCGCUGGCGACGUCCAACUAUGUCAAGUUCUUCCGGCUAUUCCUGGAUGCUCCGAACAUGGGCGCUUACAUCAUGGACCACUUUGUGGAGCGCGAGAGAGCACAGGCAUUGGCAGUCAUGUCCAAAGCUUACCUCACUCUCCCGCUCCCCUAUCUGACUACGACAUUGGCAUUCGACAGCGACGAAGAUACCGACGCGUUUUUGACAUCUCACCAUGCCGCCAUCUACACGAAUGUUCCCGACCCUUCUGCACCUCAGAAGCGCGACCCAGCCAACCCAUGGAAGCCAGUCGCCAAGCCCAAGCCUGUGCCACUGGCGGACCGCAUCUGGUCGUGCAAGCAGGCACACCCAGCAGUUGCCAAGGCGAUUGAAAAGUACCGGGUGGUGGACCUCAAGGGCCAGGUCGACUAGUUGUCGACGUGGUCAGAGGUCGCUGGCAGAGCGGUGCGCCAAGACCAGUAGUCGCGCAAGUCGUCGUGUCGGUCGGUCAGUGUGUCGAGUCGUGUCGGUUCGUGUCGGUCGGUACGCCGCCUGUUUAUCGGUUUGUCGGCCCAGUAAUGCCCUGUGAUCCCAAUGGUUUGUCCCUGCUAAGCCGGCGAGGUGUCCGUGAAGUCUCGCAACCCCGGCCCGACCGAGCCGCGCCCCGUCAAGACUGCAAGCUGUAACAUGGUAAGAUGUCUCGUUUCCGUUGGUUUCUGUUGGCUCGGGCCGCACCACUACUACAUUGCAUCCAUCCCAUCCUUCUUGUCGCCCAUCCUAGUUGUUGUCUGUCCUCAGGCCGAUGCAUUUGCAUUCAGAUAGA